AGUGCUAGUUGUUGACUGCAAACUCAACAAUGAGAUUUUGUCAAUCAUACAGCAACAACAUGGUGAAAAGAGAAGGCUCAUUGCUUCAAAGAAGAGUGACCUUCACCAUAUUAAUAAUGGUCACAAAAGCAACUGUUAUGAUUGGGAGCCCUUUUGAGAUUUGAGCAGGCUGGACAGCUAUGUUACAUUAGUAAAAUCUAAAAACUUAUCUUAGUUUGAUGAUAAAACUAGUUUAAUUAUCUGAAACAUUUAAAUGUGACCAAAAAAGAAUACAUUUUUAUAUGUGGAAACAAUUGUCAUAGAACUAUGAAAUCAGCACAUGYUUUCCUAUCUUGAUGUGAUAUUUAGGAAAACAAUUAGGGAUGCUGUGGUGGCGCAGGGGCAAAGCACGACCCGUAGAUUGAUGCCAUGAUCCUUGUGGCGGCGGUUGCAGGUUUGAUUCCUGGCCUGGUGACAUUUGCCGCAUGUCUUUCUUCUCUUUCCUGUCUAACUACUUUCAAAUAAAGGCCACUAGAGCCAACAAAACCUUUAAAAAGGAAAUAAUUAUGUCAUUACUUUUGGAAUAUAACUUUCUUCAAGAAGAAAGCAAAACCUUUCUUUCUUUUUUUGCCUAAAGGUUGGUCUGUUGCUGUUUUUGAAAUAAAAAAACAUGUCCUACAAUAGCAAACGAGACCUUUAGGAUAAAUUAAGGACCAUAAAUUAAAUAACUAAUAUUUUUUUCCUAAUUGCCGAAAUGUGCAAUGUAUGCACGUUCAACAUUUGGUAAACAUUUCAUUGUAAUAUUUUCAAGAAGUAAUUAUUUAAUUUGUUGCAGUUUGUGCCGGUGUUCUGGCUAUCUGCGCUACCUCAUCGGAUGUUCCCAAGGCAGGGCGGAUUAAUGGAUAACAGAUCGAAUACCAGCCCGUUGCAUCUGAAAUCGAUUGGUUUGGUCUGCCAUUUCCCCACUGUAACCAGGAAGUAGCUCCUGUUGUUUCACACGGGUCGUCAUUUUCCAAUGUUAGCGUUACGAAGUGCGUCAAAAUGACCGAAAUGCUGAACGGUUCGGACUUCGGGGGAAUUUCGGUGCAUAAUUUCUCCGAGAAGAUUCUGGAGCAGGUCGUCCACUUCCACGUGAUGAAGUUGAACGAAGGCUUUUUCCUCUGGGUCGGUUCGGCUCCUGCUCUAUCAAACCUAGCGGUUUCAAUAAACAGCAAAUAUGAUUCGAUGCCGUUAUCUACAUUGGUGAUGGGAGAUCCGUCAAAUACUGCAGCAAACUCUUUGGCACAGAGGCUAGCAAAGAGGACCAAAAAGCAAGUUUUUGUGAGUUACAGUCUUCCGAUGGCAGACUCCAGCCUGAGUUUGUUGGUGGAAAACCGGAUCAAAAAGGAGCUGGAGCUUCACCCUGAGAACUUUUAGAAGCACGUCACCCCUUUAAGACAUUUACUUUCCUUACAUUAACACCUGAUUAUUCUUUUCAUUGUCCUGCAACCAAACUCCCAAAACAAAACAGACACGGAAGCAAUCACAUCCACUGUUCUUUUAUUGACAUAAUAAAUUAAGUGGUUUAUUAUCAAAACAUGUAGGCCUAUGGCUUUUUGUACAAAUGCAUCUUAUUAAAAAAAUAACACUUAGAAAACAGCAUUAGAGACUGAGUUUUUUUUUUUCUUUCUGUUUUUCAUUGCUUUACCUGUUAAACAUACAAACCAGUAAACCCAUACAACACUAAUAUGGUUGGAAUCAUUGUUUGGAUUAGUAGGCUGGUUCAUCUAGUUGAUGUGCUUCUAAACAUGUGAAGAUCAAGAUCCAUACAUUAUGAAUGAAUGGCACAUGUACAAAUCCUACUCAGUAUUCACAUAGUAUAAAUGUUCACAGUUACAACUAGGCCAGCUCUACACUGCUGUACUCUAAUCUUCACACGUGUUUAUUAAAAAAAAAAAACAACAGUAUUUUAUUGUGCUUUCUGACUAAUGUUAAACAUAGAAACGGCAAGAUUAUAACAGUACUAAAAUACAGAGAACAAACAGUGACAAUUGGAGCGGAAAUAUUUGCUAAUGAAGGAGGUAAUUCAAGCAACAAGUUUGCCCUUGGCAUCAUUAGAAAAUAAAUACUGGAUUUCUUCAGUUACAUCUCAUCUUAAAUCUGUAAAAAACAAMAA